AUGGCUAAAGAAGCAAUGCUUGAAACCAGCUCUGAUUUCUACGCUGUUCCCGCCGAAACGGAGUCCGCGAUCCUGACCUUAUGGAGUGCCAAUCACAUUAACAAAUACCACCACUGUGAAAUGUAUACACAUUCCAAGUCCCAGUUUACCCGGGAUUUUAAUUUAACCAAGGCGUUACUUCAUUUGACAGAGCUCACGUUUCAGGAAAGCUCAGAUUACGAAAUCGUUAAAGAAGGAUUCAACUAUAGUCAUGGCGAGUUUUAUCUUUACAAGUUUAAUGUGGAUCGGAUCAUCGGAUAUUCGAUCGAAGCUGAACAGUUUCCCAAACACAUUGGUAUUUUUUAUACCUACCGAUCUUGCGACGGUGAUCAGUUUAAUAUCGUCACCGCGCGCAGGUAGUCUAAGUUAUAUAGAUUCUAAGGUUGCUUGUUCAAAACCCGCGAACCUGAACAACGUUUUAAAACGUUUUUAGUCAUGGUGAAUGCGCACUGCGCACCUUCAAGGACAUUUUAUCUGUCCCUCAACUUUUCAUUUUCAAACUCAACCACAAAUAUAGUCUCCCUUUACAUAUUAUUAUCUAUAACAAUGAUUCCGUCGAUGUUUUGCCGAUCACGUCACGAUGUAUCUCCGAUCAAGUCACGAAGUGUCCCGACAAAAUAUGUCCGAAGUUAAGACGUAUUCCGAACAACUUACGAAAUGUCCGACCUCAUUAG